UACCAUUUUCUAAACUUGCCCUCUAUAUCUUCCUAUCUCGAUCUCUUCCUCACCCUUUUCGCCUCUGUUGUUCUUGAUCCCCCUCCCUACAGAAGCCAGUUGCUAAUGUAGUGGGGGUGUUUGUUUCCUUUUGUUUUUGUUGAAGACUCUUCUUUCUGGGUUUAGAGGGUCCUGGUCUUAGUGAUUGAUCUCUUAGACCGUUUGGAUUCCGCAGAUUGUUAUUUGGGAAACCCAGGAAGCCUAAACCAUGGCAGUGGAAGAGUUGGUGAGGGAAACGAAAGGAAAAGCAGAGAUAGGAAACGCAGAAGAUGCAGAGAUACAAUCCCAAGAUGACCAGAAGAAAGCAGAGUUGUGCGAGCAGGAGCCUUCACCUAGGGGUGUAUUGGAAGCCAUUGGUACGGACUCGGACAGUAGCAGCAGCUGUGCGUCGUCGUUUUCUUCAGAGAGGCCACCGCUAGCCCAGCAGCGCACGCUGGUGCGUGACAUCAGCAAUGGAUUGCAAUGGAACAAAGGGAAGGAGAUGUUUGAUGUCUUGAGGAAGAAGUCAGCGAGGAGAUUCUCUACAAUUCCAUUGCUGGGAACUAGCUAUGAAUUGUCGAGGAGCAAGUUGAGGAGGAGAUUGGCAAGGAUUUGGAGCACCGACGAGGAUGGGGAGGAUAAUGAGGAAGGGAGACCCGAUUGCGAAGGAUAUCUGGCUUUGAAACCCUCGUGGAGGAACUUUGAUUAUGCAGAGCUUGCUAUUGCUACCGCCAAUUUCAAGCCUGAUAACUUAAUAGGGAAAGGUGGGCAAGCAGAAGUUUACAAGGGAAUCUUAAACAAUGGCGAAGUUAUAGCAGUAAAGAGGCUAAUGAAGAAAGAAAAAGAGACAGAAAAGGAGGACAGAAUUGGUGAUUUCUUAGCAGAGCUUGGGGUAAUUGCGCAUAUCAGCCACCCGAAUGCUGCUAAAUUGCUCGGAUUUGGCAUCGACGGGGGUUUGCACCUAGUUCUUCAGUUUUCACCACAUGGCAGCUUAGCUUCCCUACUAUUUGGUUCAGAGAAAAUUAUGGAAUGGAAUAUAAGGUUUAAGGUAGCAGUUGGCGUAGCAGAAGGGUUACGAUAUCUCCAUCAUGAUUGUCACAGGCGCAUCAUCCAUAGAGACAUCAAGGCAUCCAAUAUAUUACUGUCCGAAGAUUUUGAGGCUCAGAUAUCUGACUUCGGACUAGCAAAGUGGCUCCCGGAGAAAUGGACUCAUCAUGUUGUAUUCCCCAUUGAAGGCACAUUCGGAUACUUGUCUCCAGAGUACUUUAUGCAUGGAAUCGUCGACGAGAAAACUGAUGUGUUUGCAUAUGGAGUUCUAUUACUAGAGAUCAUAACAGGACGUCGUGCAGUUGACAAUAGUAAACAAAGCCUUGUGAUAUGGGCAAAACCACUUCUGGAUUCGGGCAAUAUGAAGGAACUAGCAGAUCCUCGAUUAGAAGAUAACUAUGAUCCGGUAGAGAUGAAAAGAAUCAUGACUGUAGCUUCAAUGUGCAUUCGUCAUCAAUCCACUAGACGUCCAUACAUGACUCGGGUAGUGAAAAUACUGGAGGGUGAGGAUCCAAAUGGAGAACAGUUGAAAACGAAGUCUACACAAGUGAGAUCAGUCGUCUUGGAUGCUUGUGACGUUGAAGAUUAUACCUGUUCUAACUAUCUCAGCGACCUAAAUCGCCAUCGGGCACUAGUAAUGGAUCAGUAGCACAUCGGCUUUGUGCUUCUCCUUCGGCAUUGUUGGUGUCACUAGUCUGUGUGAAAGUUUUGGAUUGGAAUUAGCCUCUCUGCGCCCCCCCAACGGGUCAAGUUAAAGUUCAGCGGCUUGCAUCUUUCUUCUUCAUGCUCUCAAAGUCUGCAACAGUUGUUUGCUACAUAAACUUAGGGAACUCUAGGAAAGUGGCAUUUUCCAUGUCACGGUACAGUUUCAUAAUGUUGUAAUACAGUAUGGUGUGCCAUGUUGUCGACUAUUAGCCAUAAAAUGUACAU